AUGAAAAGAUUCGCGGCAGAGCUUGAGAGGAAUCCUUUGUCGGUUGAAGAGAAGAGGAGCACAUCUAUACAUUACGUCAAUACUACAACUUUUUGGGUGGGUUUACGAAGAUGGAACGGCGCUUGGCUUUGGAAUUACAGGGAAAAAGCUGAUGCAGCGGACUUGGAAGGGCUAAAGGGCCUAGAAGAAUUAUGGGAUUUGACCCAUAAAACCAAAUUAGUUUAUAGCUACAACUGUGGAUACCCUUAUAACUACACAUUGCGAGAAGCAGAAGCAAUUUGUAUGGCAGAAGGUUCACGAGUUUUGUGGCUCGAUUCUAAAACAGAAAAUUUAGCAAUAAAAAAAGUAACAAUGGGAAAUUCUUAUUGGGCUUCGCUGAGGCUUGCUGAUGAACUGUGGUCUUGGCCUGUACCUUCUUCAUAUACAGAUAACUGGCUCGAAGGCCAGCCGGACGGCUGUUGUCCCAGUGUAGAUGGACUGCACAUUAUCAACGGAAAAGAUGAGUGGAAUGGUGUUGACAAGGAACAAAAUGCCACAGUUGUGUGAGGAACUGUGGAAAUUUCUCAAUCAAUUUUCAAUGCCAUGAUUGAACAUUCAGAUCGAAUAGCACGGGAAGAAGCUAAGGCAGAAAGGCAAGAGAAGAUAAUCAAUGAAUGGAUGAUCAUUUCUGGAUGUGCUGGAGGAAUUGCGCUAUUGUUUUGCAUUUGCGUAUUCUUUGUGACUGCGAAAAAGAAACCCGCAGUCGGCGUGAAAAAAGUACAAAAAGUAUGUACAAGCGUUUAUGUUGUUCCACUUGGUUACUAUGAACCGUACAGCUCAAAAGAACAGGAGGAAAAAGAGGCGGAAGAUGUCAAUGCACAAUGUGAUUCUUCUUGUACGAGCAGUUCUAGAAAAUAG